AUGUUUGUGCUGAGAAUGAAAGCCGAUCUUCGAUACUUGCUGAAGCUGUUGAAGAGUAUUUAUCAACAAAAGUUUNUUUCAUACGCUCAACAACCGUUGAUUUUUAUCAUCCCACCAGGAAAACCAGUGACACAUUUGGAAAGGCUCAUCUCAGCUUUCAGUCUUCAAUCUUGGAUCUGUAUCGGAUUAUUUUACCUGAUCGGAAGUUUAGUGAUAUUAUUUGUUCAGUUGAAAUCUCCUUGCGUUCAAGAAUUUGUUUUUGGGGCUGGCCUGACAAGUCCAAUGUUUAGAAUGUUCUCAGUUUUCAUUGGCGACACUCUCAACAAUUUACCGAAACGAAACUUUGCGAGAUUUCUUCUCAUGAAUUUCAUAAUCUUCACGCUUAUUAUUCGAACUGUUUAUCAAGGCUCAUAUUUUCGUCAAAUGCGAACCUUUAGACAUCAUAAGGAAGUUGCUUCUAUCAAUGAAAUGAUUGAAAACGAUUUUUAUUUCUAUGCACAUGAAGGAAUGAUUGACAUUCUUUUGGGCUUUCCAGCAAUCAGAGAAAGAGUCAGAGAGUUGAAUAGUGAAGAUUUGCCGGAAUUUCUUAAGGAAAUACGAACAAAUGCAUAUUUUAAAGCCGCCUAUGCUGAUGCAUUGUUACAAACAGAUUAUCUCAAUUUCAAGAACUCAAAUGAAUCUCAACACAUUUGCAAGGAAGCUUUUGCGACUAACUUGCCAGUUGUGAUUUACUCAUUGACAGAUUUUUAUCUCUUGAAUGCUUUGAAUGAGAAAAUACUUGAAAUGAUUAAAGCAGGUUUGAUCGAUCAGUGGAAACGUGAAAGCUUUCGUCAGAAUGUUCGACAUGUACAAGAAUCUAUUGAACCAAAAGUUUUAACAGUGGAUGAUUUAGAAGGCAGCUUCUUAAUUCUCAUGUUUGGAUGUUUGCUAGGCUUUAUUGCUUUCCUUUGUGAAAAGUUUUUAUUGUAG